CGCGUUGCGCUCCGAGUGCUCGGUCGCGCCGGCAGCGGCUCAGGCUCCGGCUUCUCUCCCGCUGCAGCAGCAGCGCUGCUGGCCCCACUAGGCUCUGAUCUGGCCCCGGCCCCCUCGGCACCGCCCGCCCUGGCCCUGGCCCCAGCCCCCCGGACCAUGCGCUGGGCGCCUCCCGGGGAACCCCACCCGGCCAAGGGCCCGCAAAGACGAGGCUCCCGGGCCGGGGCCCCUCCGGCCGCCCACCUCUCGACUGGCGCCCUGCCCCGCGUCCCGGAGCCGCGUGAGCCUGCGGGGCCAUGGAGCGCGCGCCGCCCGACGGACCGCUGAACGCUUCGGGGGCGCUGGCGGGCGAGGCAGCGGCGGCGGGCGGGGCGCGCGGCUUCUCGGCAGCCUGGACCGCGGUGCUGGCCGCGCUCAUGGCGCUGCUCAUCGUGGCCACGGUGCUGGGCAACGCGCUGGUCAUGCUCGCCUUCGUGGCCGACUCGAGCCUCCGCACUCAGAACAACUUCUUCCUGCUCAACCUUGCCAUCUCCGACUUCCUCGUGGGCGCCUUCUGCAUCCCACUGUAUGUGCCCUAUGUGCUGACCGGCCGCUGGACCUUCGGCCGGGGCCUCUGCAAGCUGUGGCUGGUGGUGGACUACCUGCUGUGCACCUCCUCCGCCUUCAACAUCGUGCUCAUCAGCUACGACCGCUUCCUGUCGGUCACCCGAGCCGUCUCAUACCGGGCCCAGCAGGGCAACACGCGGCGGGCGGUGCGGAAGAUGCUGCUGGUGUGGGUGCUGGCCUUCCUGCUGUACGGGCCGGCCAUCCUGAGCUGGGAGUACCUGUCCGGGGGCAGCUCCAUCCCCGAGGGCCACUGCUACGCUGAGUUCUUCUACAACUGGUACUUCCUCAUCACGGCCUCCACCCUGGAGUUCUUCACGCCCUUCCUCAGCGUCACCUUCUUCAAUCUCAGCAUCUACCUGAACAUCCAGAGGCGCACCCGCCUCCGGCUGGAUGGGGCUCGAGAGGCAGGUGGCCCCGAGCCCCCGCCCGAGGCCCAGCCCUCGCCACCCCCACCGCCUGGCUGCUGGGGCUGCUGGCAGAAGGGGCACGGGGAGGCCAUGCCGCUGCAUCGGUACGGGGUGGGUGAGGCGGCCGCGGGCGCUGAGGCUGGGGAGACAGCCCUCGGGGGUGGCGGUGGGGGUGGCUCCGCGGCCUCACCCACCUCCAGCUCCGGCAGCUCCUCGAGGGGCACUGAGAGGCCGCGCUCACUCAAGAGGGGCUCCAAGCCUUCGGCAUCCUCGGCCUCGCUGGAGAAGCGCAUGAAGAUGGUGUCCCAGAGCUUCACCCAGCGCUUCCGGCUGUCUCGAGACAGGAAAGUGGCCAAGUCACUGGCCGUCAUCGUGAGCAUCUUUGGGCUCUGCUGGGCCCCGUACACGCUGCUGAUGAUCAUCCGGGCCGCCUGCCACGGCCACUGCGUCCCUGACUACUGAAAGAUGAAGAAGAAAACAUGUCUGUGAACUUGAUGUUCCUGGGAUGUUUAAUCAAGAGAGACAAAAUUGCUGAGGAGCUCAGGGCUGGAUUGGCAGGUGUGGGCUCCCACGCCCUCCUCCCGCUGCUAAGGCUUCCGGCUGAGCUGUGCCAGCUGCUUCUGCCCACCCCGCCUUUGGGCUCAUGCUGGCCCUGGCGGCCAAGCCUGCCCUGGCCACUCUGUUUGCUCGGCCAGGACCUCUAGGGGUUGUUGGGAGGAGGGGGUCCGGCCGGGCCUGAGGGUCCCAAGGCGGGCAGGGGUGGUCCAGAGGAGGUGCCCAGGCAGGGGCCGCUUUGCCAUGUCCUGUGCACCCGUGCCACGCGCUCUGCAUGUUCCUCUGCCUGUGCCCGCUGCGCUGCUCUGCAAACUGUGAGGUCACAAUAAAGUGUAUUUUUUUAUUGGUGCUGA